AUGUCAACUAACGUAAAAAAAGUAACUCUCCAGAAGCCGUCGCUUGAAGAGGUGGCCAAGAUUCUCAACGAUGGUUUAGGCAAACACUUUGAGCACGCUAGUGUGUCGGUUGUUGAUUGUCCAGACUUGACUCAGUCUCCGUUUCAUUUGGCCGCCCCUGGUUUGGGUGGCCAGACUGCCAUUGCUGACGUAGGCGGUCCGCCGUAUUUAGUUCCACUGGUUCAACGAGACAAGAAGUACUCAUUUGAACAAGUUGCCUCCUUGGUGGCUGACAAAACAAGUGAAAAUGCUUUCCUGAUUGGUGCCAGUGCCGGACCUUUCCACUUGGUUGGUCAAAACUGUGAACUGAUGCCAAAUGUGCUUUUGAAACGUGGCGAUUCUGGUGUUUUUGAAGUUGUCGAAAACAACACGCACUUCUCAAAGGUCAAUGAAAAAGAUGAGUACAGCCUAAGCAAAAUUUCCGCUUCCGAGUUUGGGUUGUUGGGUAACAUGUUUGUCUCCGAAGGCAAACCCUGCAAAGUGCUCAAAGUUGAAGCCCGUAAGCGUACUGGUGCUGAUAACUUUGUGACAGCCAUGAGAAACGUCUUGAGAGAACACUAUCAGCAAACUCCCGUUAGCCUGGGUGGUUCUUUCCUCGUUGCGACCGGCAAGGCAAAACUGCACAUCAUGCCUGACUUUUCUACAAAGCCGCUGCUCUCAGACGACGAUGUCAAUAACUGGUUGCGAUUCUUUGAAAUGGACUCUCCCUUGGUCUGUCUCAGUGUCUUCCACUCUCUAGACCCUCAGCUUGAUCUUCGCAUCGAGCACACCCACUGCUUCAGUGAUCACAACCAAGGUGGUCACUACCACUACGACACAACGCCGCAAGAUGUCAGUUAUCUGGGUUAUUUCAACUUGGCAUCUGCUAUUGUUCGCAUUGAUGCGCCUAAAGAGACACAUGGCAUUGGUCGAGACUAA